AAUGGCCGUGCAAGCCAGUUGUCUCUACUCACACGUUAGGUCUGGCUAGCGACAAGGACGGAGGCGCAGGUGCAGACAGCUGCGGAGGGAUCGGCACGCUUCCCGAUCGCCGUCAAAGAAAAAUCAUGGGUCGAGACUCGACGGGCGAAGCCGCCGAGGGCUUGCUAUCUGCCGCCCACGCGCAGUUCGAAGGGCGGCGGCAUGACAGGGCGGAAGACCUCUACAGCCAAUACAUUCAUUACUGCGCAAGCUCCGGCAUGAGCAAACAUCUCUGCCAUGAUCUGGCAACAGCACUUAACAACAGAGGACAAAUUAAGUAUUUGAGAGUUGAAUUUUAUGAAGCUAUGGAUGAUUAUACAUCAGCUAUAGAAGCUCAGCCAGAUUUUGAGAUCCCUUAUUAUAACAGAGGAUUAAUACUAUAUAGGCUAGGAGUCUUUGAUGAGGCCUUGAAGGAUUUCAGGAAGGUGUUAGAGCUAAAUCCUAAAUUUGAAGAUGCUUCUUUGAGUUUAAGGCAGACUCUCCUUGACAAAGAAGACAAGUUAAGAAGAGGUUAUUAAAGUCUUGUGAUAGAAGAAACAGGUUUUGAGAUUGGAAUAUUUGGAAAAUAAAGAUGUAAAUUUCCUGGGGGGUGGGGUUAGGGGUGUUACUUGUCAGUUUUGAAUAGAUCACUUUCUAUAUGAUGUCAUCCCUAAUAUAUCAAACAAUUGGCAUGACUCCUUACAGCACUGAUAUGAUAACUGUCCUGAAAUGGUUGAUUUUUAUUAUAUAAAGAUUUAUUUAUUCUGUAAACUAGUUUGGCCCCUAUGUAUACCUGGCAAGGUAUAUAAAACAAAUUUGCUUGAUAAACAGCUACUUCCUCAGUAGAAUAAUAUUACACUGCAUUAAUAAGCAAUAUCAAAGGCAUGAAUUAGUGCAGAACUUCUACAUGUUAACAUUGGUGAUUCUCCAUAAAGUCUGGUAGUAUUGAUUGGCUUCAAAAUAAUCUGCAAUAUGUCAAGUUUUGGUUAUUUCUACUCUCACUAUGGACUGGUAUUCUCAUUCUAUCCUCAUAAUUGAAAUUAGGCUGAGAAAUCACAGACUAUGUAACUUGGGUUGCCCUGGGCAGAUAAGUAUUUUGACACUCAGCAAGUUUUUACGCACCCAACUCUAAUUAUUAGAGCUUACCAUAUGUGGUGCAAUGAAAUAUUGUGUAUUUCUUUAUGUAAUCCCAAUAGUUCAAUGAAAAAUUAAACUUUUUUGAAAGAUAAUCUUGAAAACCUUUUAGUAGCAGAUUUUAAAUCUCAAAUAUGACCAACUCAAAAAUGUGUAUCUUCUGUUUUUAAUUAACGAAACUUUUAUUAUUAGGGAGUUAAAUGUGAAACAUAUUUUAACAAUCCCAAGUAAAGCUGGCUAUGGUAAAUAAAACGGUAUGGUUACAUCUGUAAAAAAACAAAAAAGGAAUAUACAGUUAGUUCAUUAUAGAUGCCAAUGCUUGUAAGGUAAAUAAAUGAAUGUACUAUA